CGACACGGCGCAAUCGAGAGACCACCGGACGGCAUGCAAACUCCCCCAGACAUCGAUGACUCGGGAGCCCGUCGGGAGGAUGCCGAACCCGACGACGACGACAACGUGGAGGUCCUCUCCGAUAGGGCAUUCGGGCGGAACCAUCGACGCCACCUGGAAUCCUCCACGUAUGCCGCUCGCACUACCACUCAGGACAAGCAAACCGCUCGACGCCAGAAGCGGGCUGCCAACAAGCAACAUCCUCCGGUGCUGACACCAGAGAGCGGACCUGAUGUCGCUCUGGUCCUACACAAGCCGUCCUCGGCCACGACGCGGCUGCGGGUGGAGCUGGUUGACAUGAUGGUCCGGACCCAUCGCAGUGAGAUCUGGUAUGACUUGCUCCCAGCUCGUAUCGGCCACAGCGAUGCCAUCGACUCUGCUGCCAAGGCUCUUAUCAAAGCCUCUGACCUGGCAUCGCGAAGGACCAAUGUGACUGAAGAGAGCUGCCUGAGCAGCUACAAUCGUGCCAUCACCUCCGUUCGGGAUGGCAUGAUCAAGUCUUCCAGUGGAGAUGACCUACUGUGUGCGGUGGCACUCCUGGUCAAUUUCGAGCGCCUGUUCUCGGGUUGGACUUCUGCACCGAUGCGCUCUCACAUGCAUGGCAUCAUGGCCAUCUUUAUGGCGCAGUCCAAGGGACCCCACAAGCCUCCGUCUGAGCUAACCCGUACCUUGGUCUACACUUUCUGGGCCGUGGGCUUCAUCGGGCCCUGCGUAAUGGGCACCGCAUCUCCUCUCGAGGUCCCACGCUACCUGGAUCUGGAACCGGUACCAUUCGCCAAAGACAAAAUGUCAUGUCCGUGGAGCGCAGUGGCGAAGUUGAGGAAACUGGGCAAUCAGCAGUUCAUCCGGUUGCCUCGUCUCAUUAUGCUAUUCAAAGGGGUCCAGAGUGGGAAGCAGCCCCAGGACCUGGAAGCUGCGGUAUUGCUCGCAAAAGAGCUCCUCGAGAUGCAUGAUGAUGCCGCCGAGACGGAGAUGCUGCACCAUGUGACAGUCCAGAAGGCUGAGGAAGACCCCAAGAUCGAGACCAUGCCUUAUCUUAUGAAGUUCACAACCAUGGGCGAGUUCGAAGCAGCAAUGCAUUACUGGUCCACGCAGAUCAUUCUCCUCCGCUUGUGUUGGCGAAUGAGCCGCCUGUUCUCGGCCAAGUAUGAAUCGCACGGACUCUGGUCGAAAUCGAGACUGGAAACUCAGAUAUCCCGAAUGAGUGCCAACGUGCUGAUGGCUGCACCGUGGGGCCUGAACAAAGGUGAGACGGGGCGAAGCUGCGAAGUACUGGAUCUUGUAGCAGUCUGGGGCGCUCUGAACGACUUUGAUGUGUUUGCAGCUCGCAAAUUGGCACCAGCCAAGGCACGAUCUUUACUGUUGUAUGCUGGACAGAUUGUAAUGGGCAUAUCGGGCGAGUCCGCUGCCGCGGAAUGUGCGGACAGACUCAGUGCCGCUGCUGAGCUCUUCAUUGGGGGACAGAGCUCUGGCAUCCUGGCGUUUACAUUCAAGAAAUCAGGUCCUUCGGGCUGAAGCGGCAACGACGUCCUGCGGAAAGGGGCCCGAUCCAUCGAACCAGCGCCUAGUGUGCGCAUACUCUGCAUACACCUUGGCAUAUAUGAAUGGUGAGUAGGAAUCCGAACCAAGCCCGGCCGGCCUAGCCGUGACGGCCAAAUGCCGACCUUUGACGAUCAUGUGUGCAAAGUCUUGAUGUAUGUGUCUGGGCUAGAAGCGACACGUCAGAUCAUGGCUAUCGAGGAUGUGGCGAGAUCGCACCCAGCACAGUCGCUACCUAAUCUAUCACAUCUGGUAUCUGUAUCGAAGCACCAACUGCAGAAUUACGUAGACAGACCGGGACAUAGGUGUUUCCAGUCGGGCAGCGUGUUGAGGUUCUCGGUGCGUUGUACCCUCUUGCGCUCCACAAAUCAUGUGACGGGGCAGGAGAUGUUAUCUGGAAGAAGUCGUGGUGUGUGACAGCAAUCCAUAACAUGAUUGAACUCUUGUCCAUCUUUGUUCACGAGGAGAUAUAGCUGGUGGCUUGCUGGAAGCGACGUGAUGACUUGCAGAUAGUGUGACUUACUAAUUCCCC